AUGGAGUCUUCAGCUCUUCUAUCGAGCCGCCUCAUUCCCCGGCAUGCCGCAAUAUCAGUUCGUUCAACAUCCAUUUGUUCAGCAUCCAUCACCUUCCGCUCUCCCACCCUUCUCUUAACCUACCAGCAAAGGUCACUAUUCUGGUGGGGUCGCCAUCGUGACCCAGAAUGGAGGUCGCAGGCAUACUCUAGACUGCAGCGACUAAUGGAAAAGGAAAAAGAAAUACGAUCGUUUUACAACAGAUACCUGACGCAUGCUAUGCGUCGACGGCCGUAUCUCUAUCAAAGCAGGAGAAUCAACAAAUGUCGAGGUGCCGACUUGAUUACUCGCUUUCAAAAUCGACGUGAGGUCUAUGAGGAGAUUAGCAAAGCGACAGGGAAAGGGGCAGCUGAACGCGAGCAUCCCAGGGCGGCGAACGAGCAAUGGUCUAAAAAGUGGUUUGAAGAGGAUGGAAACGCUGGAGAGGAAGAGGACUUCGAGUCCUGGGACGGUAAAGAACGCGAAUAUGGGGAGUCCAUGCGUCGUGAUUCAAAGCAGCAGUUUCGGGAAUUUAAGAGGGCUAUUGAUAGUGAUCCUUAUGGGGCGAUAUUCGGGAGAAGAUUGGAACAUUUUCCGUUUGGUCUGGAAGAAGGGUCCUGGUUAUCUUUUUGUAGGUCCCUUAUUGGUGAUGGUAAUCAUCGGGGUCGCAAUCCCUCCUCAAGUUCUUUUGAGGUCUCUAGGAAGCCAACGAUCGAUGCAACGGCAAAUUCGGUGACGAUUCCUCGUAAAGUGACUAUCGAUGAAGGUCCUUCGCCAUCAACCAGCACUUCGACCGAUGCUGUAUUUAAAUUUGAUCCCAUCAGUGGGAAGAUGGCCACUCGCCAGUCCAAAACAAGUGACCAUCAAGCGAACGAUUCCUCCACUGUAAUAUAUGCUAACCCGCGAGAUGGCGAGGCAGAAUUGGGAACUGACAACGAAACGUCCAAUUCCCAGUCAGAUCAAAACCUUGAUUCGAAAGGGCGAACCAUUGAAUCUAAUGGUCCUGACACGUUAGAUGUAUGGUCUGUGGGUGAGCCUGACCAGGUAGUCUGCAAUAAUAUAGCUACGCUCAGACCUGAGAAAGAGGAUGCAGCUACGACUGAAGAGAAUGGCCAUUCGUAUAUGGACAAUUCCCAAACCGAUAAAACUCCUGUAGAACACUCUGCAGCCAGCUAUCAACCAUGCCGUGAGAGUCUGGCCAAAUUGAUGAAGGCGCUUCCUAAAGAUGAAGCUCAGGAUAACACAAGAGAAUCAAAGAAGAAGACUGGGCAGAAUUCUUCUUCUGGUAAUAUGCGAAAUGACAAGCCCUCCAGUGAGUUACCUGUUUGUGACUUGUUUAAUUUUAGAAGCGGUAGCCAAUCUGAGGCAGGCUUGGAUCAACUACGCGCCAGCGAUAUUCGAGCCUCUUUCGAACCUCGGGAGGGGAGCCAAUAUGAAGCUGCAACAGCCUUUCAAACCCUUCAUGACGCAGGUUGUGGCUUGGACGUUGACGAGUUGCGUUGGAAACUUCGUUCAGAGAAUAACAAGUCCGCCAAUAUUGCAAUUCCAACGGACACUGCUGCUAUAUUGAUGCCAGCAAUAGACCGGAUACCAAAGGGAGUCAACUCACAACUUAAUAACGAUGAUGGCCGAGGGGGAAAGAAUGGAAAAAUCAUCUAUACACAUGACAUAGGCGAUCGUGCGGAUAGAACUGUGACCACCAGCAGUUCCGAAAGCGACAAGAUCCAUCCCGUCUUUGGGGUAAGUAGCAGCAAGGCUAAGCUUCAUAGUCAAAUAGGAAAUAUUGCGAAGGAAUUGCGAAAAAUCAAACAGAAAACCAACUCGAUGAGCGCACUUUUGACAGAAAAGAGUGCUCAGUACGAAAUAGCGACAAGUUCAAGGUCCCAAGGCGACAGUGGAGACGUCCCCAUCCUAUCAGAGGAGAUGAAAACCAGUAUGGAAGAAUGUCUGAAGCAGCUAGCUACCAUUGGAGAAACUCUGACCGAGGUCAAAAACAUUAACACCUCCAUCAGCUCCGUUCUGAGAGAACUGGGCGAGAACAUGCAGGGAAUGCGGUCCAUUAGUGAUCGAGCCAACAAAAAGCCAACAAGGGAAUUACCUCAAACAAAGGGGAAAAUUUCCUCCCCUUCUCAAUACAGAGUUCUGGCCUACGACUCACUAACAAUGGAAGUCAAAGACAUUGGCAUUUCAUCCAGCCACUCAGGCUCGGGCGAUAUCACGCAACAAUUGCAUCCGACAGAGGCGCUCUCGCGUCUCAACAACCCCUCACGGUUCCUAGAACAUUUCCCGCGUUUGGAAGGCCAAGGUUACGAGAUUGUAUCUGGGGGUGGGGAUAUUCUUAUUUUUAAAAAAGUAAGGGAAAGAAGUGGGAAUGCUGCUGGUUUUGGGAUACCAGAUACCCCGGAAGUGGUGAUGGGGAAGAAGACAGACGGUAGGGAUGAAGCCAUGCUACAUUCUGAAGUGCAAGCUGCAAAGUUCGAACGGCAAUCCAUUGAUCAGUUCGAUUCUGGAUGUCUCACAGCCGAAGUGCCUGCUUCGUCUUUGUUUUCAAUAUCAAAGAUGAACCAAGAGCCAUCCUUCCAAUCCGUCAAGGGUAUUAUAGACCCAGAGACAUCUACUUCACCUCACGGCCAGCAAAAUCAGUCGCCCUCCUCUCACCUUAAAGAUAGCGAGCAGCAGAAACAGCAGCAGGAGGGGAAACAAGAUUCCUCCACCCCACCUCCCCCAAAUAACGAGAAACAAAACCACUUCCUCCGCAAGGCCAUGCGUGGCAUUUUGCUGACAGGUGGUGUCGCGGCGGGCGCCUGUUAUGCCCUCGGGUGGUUGUUGAGUACUUCCGCACAGGCGGACACGAUGGGCUGGGACCUCAGGGAUUCACGGGGGCUCGAGGGGCGAUAG